CCACCUUAUUAAUUAACCGGAAAAAAAUACAAGCAGGGGGAGUAAUUCGCGAUUACGCAAAUAAAGUUCUAGGGUCUUCAAAGGGAAUUGUUGCACUAGAAAUUUGCUCCUGUAAAAUUCUAUUCGAUCAGAAUCAGAACCAGCCCCAAAUCUCAAAUCGAGCAGGAGAGACAUGGACGCGGAAAUCUCUAACAUAAAGAAGUGGAUCAUAUUGUAUCCUGUCUACAUAAAUUCAAAGAAAACAAUAGCAGAGGGCAGACGGAUAAGCGCAGGCAAAGCUUGUGAAAAUCCUACAUGUAUCGAGAUUGGUGAUUGCUGCGCCCAUUUUAAACUCCCGUUCGCAAUUGAGCUUGACAAGGCAUAUCCACGUGAUUUCAUGCAACGAGGAAGGGUGAGAGUAAUGCUGAAAAAGGAGGAUGGGACUUUAGUUAAUCCAGCCAUUUCUUCAAGGAAACAGCUAAUGCACUGCGUAGCAGAGUUAGUACCCAGACACCCUGGAAGAACCAAAAAACAGGAGCCUGCUGCUGCAUCUACCUCUGGUGCUGGACCUGCAAAAUCUGGGAAGGGUGGAAAAAAGAAGAGAUAGCUUCACCAAUUCGUAUUACUGCCCCGUUAUCGUGAUUAGUUGCCGGUCGCCUUGAACAAAGGCCUCUUUAUUAUGUUAUUAGUCAUCCUGUUUUUGUAUGACUGAGUUAUAGUACAUUAUACAUUGGUGCUUUUUUCCUGAGAAAGGAUUCGGUUGUGUUGAGAUAGAGUGCACGAGUUAUGUUAAAAGGAGAUACUGGUAGUUGUUUUCUGAUUGAAGACAUUGUUGCUGCCUAAUAACUUGUGCAAUUAUCUGAA